AGUCAAGGCGGGAGCUUGGGGAGGGGUGGAGGCUGCGGCCAGGACCCCGGAGGUGCUGGUCAAGGGAGGGGCGGAAGCGAAGCGCGGGCCUCGGCCGUGCCCGCCCAGGCCGCCGGAACCUUGGACGAGCGCGUUGGAGCCACCCGGAGGAUUAAGGGGAGGACGCCCCGUGCUGCCGGAAGGAGCCGCGCGCGUCCCGGCCUCUGGGGCGCCGCGUGAGAAGCCCGGAGCUGUCAUGGAGCGCUCUGAGCCAGACGCUGCCGACGACAACGCCAUGGACUCGUUCCUGGAAAAGUUCCAGAGCCAGCCUUACCGCGGCGGCUUCCGCGAGGACCGGUGGGAGGAGGAAUUUGAUAAGAUCCCCCUGUUCAUGAAGAAAGCGCCCACAGAAAUUGAUCCCCAGGAGAACCCGGACUUGGCCUGUCUCCAGUCGAUGAUUUUUGAUGAAGAGCGAUCUCCAGAAGAACAGGCCAAGACCUACAAAGAUGAGGGCAACGAUUACUUUAAAGAGAAAGACUACAAGAAAGCAGUGAUUUCGUACACGGAAGGUUUGAAGAAGAAAUGUGCAGAUCCUGAUCUGAAUACCAUUCUCUAUACCAACCGGGCAGCAGCACAGUACUAUCUGGGCAAUUUUCGGUCUGCUCUCAAUGAUGUGACUGCUGCCAGAAAGCUGAAACCCUGCCACCUCAAAGCAAUAGUAAGAGGUGCCUUGUGCCAUCUGGAACUGAAACACUUUGCUGAGGCUGUGAACUGGUGUGAUGAGGGGCUGCAGAUUGAUGCUAAAGAGAAGAAGCUUCUGGAAUUGAGAGCUAAAGCGGACAAGCUGAAGCGCACUCAACAGAGGGAUCUGAGGAAAGCCAAGCUGAAAGAACAGAAGGAGCAGAAUGAGAAUGAGGCUCUAUUGGAGGCUGUCAAGGCUAGGAACAUCAGGCUUGUUUCUGACGCUGUGAACCAGGAUGAGGACUCGGCCCCAGCAGAUGAUGGGGAGCUUUUCCUGCAUGGACUCAGCUCUAAUAAUCUCUGCGGAGCCCGACUGAGUCUGGAUGACCAGGGCAGGCUGAGCUGGCCCGUGCUCCUCCUGUACCCUGAGUACGCCCAGUCAGACUUCAUCUCAGCUUUCCACGAGGACUCCAGGUUUAUUGAUCAUCUGAUGGUGAUGUUUGGUGAGACUCCGUCUUGGGACUCAGAGCAAAAAUACUGCCCUAAUAAUUUGGAGGUCUACUUUGAGGAUGAAGACAGGGCAGAGCUGUACCGGGUACCUCCCACAAGUACCCUGCUGCAGGUGCUGCAGCACCCCAGGUACUUCAUCAAAGCCCUGACCCCUGCAUUCCUGGUAUGUGUUGGAUCCUCUCCGUUUUGCAAGAAUUACUUCCGGGGCAAGAAGGUACACCAGGUGAAGUGACGCAGCCUGGCAGUGGGAGCCAGGCCCUCCCAGAUCUUGUCCCUCACCUGCCUCCACCUGGAACCUGCUGGACACACGGCCUGAGGCCAGU